AUGUUCAGAAAUAAUUAUCAGGGUGGAGCUGUGGUGGAGAUCUUCAGUGCACAGGGAAAAGACCCAGUAGCAAAAUGGAAACUCUGUGGAGGACCAUCAGCCAUACACAAGGAAUAUAAUAAAGAAAUUAAAGGAUUUGUUUACUGUCUGGAGGGCAGCAGCCAGACAGUUAAAAUGCAAAUGCCAGAAAAUGGGAAAAUGUCUCUUGGGCUUCUUCAAAGAUUUUUGGUUCUUCAAGUGAAUAUUCCUCAGAGCAAAGAUUUUUCCAUUGAGCUUGUGAUAACUGAUACAGGGCAUCUCAAGAGAAGACUCUACUUAUCAACAGUGCACAAAGAGCUGUCUGUAACACUUUGGCAUGCAAGGAUCCCUCUUGCAGGAUUAAAACGCAACAUUUGGUCGACUUUGUGUAUCGAUCUUGUAUCCUUCACUGGUGAACUGUUCAAGGAUACAGGCUUUCUGAGACUAGAUGGCAUCACUUUGUUUGCUUCCUGUAAACUCCGGAGAAUCUUCACAAUGAAAACAGAGCCUACGGGAAUGUCAGAUGAUGAUAUGUUUCUCAGUGGAGCUGGUCUCAUGGAUUUGAUCCCUCGCAGUUGCCAGUUCCCAGCAAACAUAAAUCAUGUCACUCAGGUGUUCAACAUGAAGAAUUUGCGGAAGGCAGAUCUGAUUGCUGAUUAUGCUCCUGAUCAGAGUGUGAGUGUGGCCACCACCAGGUUGGCCAGUAAUCGAAAGACCAGGCCCCAGGGUGUGUUACAGACAGCCUCAGGCUCCAGAACUUCAGGACCACCACCCCAAAAUGGAAGAAAAACCAGUGCUGCCCCAGAUGGAAUAGACAGCAGUGUACUUUGUAUCUCAAACAUGGGAUCCCCAUCCAGUAGAGUGAACCAAAAAGGUACUACAGAAAGUCAAAAUAUUACCAGCCAGAGUGAAAAAUUAUCACACGAAGACUCUUCUGAUUGUCCUCAAGAAGGAACAUCUGGCAUUUUACAACCCCAUCCCCCAAAAGACAGAAUAUUUGACAAGCAAGGCUCCAAGAAACUACGGGUCUACAGUGCCGGUCGACAAAAACCUGCAUCUCCUGACACUGGGCCUGUUGCUCACAGAAACAGGAGUAAGACCAAGGAAAAGUGCACUCAUUCAUCUAGUGAGCGAGAGAUCAGACAGCAACCUCUUACCUUAAUGGAAAGGACAGAGCACCGAACAGCAGGUGAGGCACAUAUCUGCUGUGACUGGAGAGAGAGCAGGACAGCAGGAAGCAGCAGUAGUGUCUCUAACUUGUUCUGGCCAGGGUCGUCUUCUGACCUGCAGGUCUGGAGCAGCUGGGAGAGUAAUGAGGGGGCCGAGCCCCAGCUCUCUUUGGAAGAGGAGGUGUUCACUUUCUCAUCGCAGCCUCACUCGCCCAAACGAGGGCAAGGCCAGGGUGACCAGGAGAAGACAGAGACAGGAGAUCACCGGGUUCAGAACAAAAGUGGGAGGCGAUGUGACGCCCAACCUGAAGAUGACUUCAUUGGCAGUGAAAGUGAUGAGGAAAAGAUCUAUGCCACAUUUCAGCAUCAAAGAAAAACUGUUGACUCCAGCCCUGCUACAUCCAUAUCUAGUGAUUCAAUUUUGGAUGUUGAACUGGAUUAUGAAGUCCACCCGGAAUCUCAAAAUAUCAACCAAACAUCAUCAGAAGACAGUGGUCAUGGUAGCACAGAUGUGCUCACUCUCUCUACAUCCACUGGAAGAGCUGAAACCAGUGAGAUGGUCCCAAGGCAUUGCCUCUCACCCAGUGCAAGCCUUGUGCUGAAGUGUCACCCUUGCGGAUCACAAAGCAGCAGUGUGUCAUUUUCCAGAAGACUGCUGCAUGAAGUCCAAUUGGAGUCCAGAAAACACAAGGAGGAGGACAAGAAACUGCCUGUUGAUUCCAGUGAUUGCAUGUCAUCUCUGCUUGGCAAUCUACACUUGUGCCAAGAUGAUGAUGAGGAGCUGAGAAUGCUGGCAAGUCUAAAAAGGGAGCAAGAGGAAGACGAAUGUAGAGCCUCGGGUCUCAGCGCUUCUCAGAUCCACCGGUGUAAUGUCAGCAUCAGCAUGAGCAGUGAUGACACCUCCACCUGGACUCAUGUCUCCAUGCCGGAUAAUCAAGGUCACCACUAUCAAAAGGAAAUGAACCCCCUCCUGUCCUCAAACCCCAGGGAGUGGAUGGACGUGCUCAGCCCUCCUAUUAUGCCUCCCAGUCAGCACAGAAGGUCAGGCAACACAUGGGACAAUCGAGAAGAUCUAAUCGGAGGGGAGGAUGAACCGGUGACUGAAGAGGACGAGUAUUUGAAUCUGCUCUAUGAUCCUUGCCUCAACUGCUAUUUUGAUCCAAAGACAGGAAAGUACUAUGAACUAGCUUAA